UUGCGGGCGCCUCCAGGGCCACCCUCGGCCGCGGCGUGGGGCUGGGGGCGGAGCACGCAGUCCACAACGCGCAGGCCCUCGGUGUGGCUCCGCCUCCGGGCGCCGGCCCCGCCUCCGCACGUCGACCCAGCCCCGCGCGCGGAGUGGGCAGCCUCCCGACUGGUGGCUGCGGCUUCCGUUCCUCUGACGGGCCGGGUCUCAGCCCGGGUGGCGGCUGGGGUGAUCCGCGCGGGCAUGGGGGAGGCCAGGACUGGCGCGGGCGCGUUGGCUAGUGGGCUAGCUUCCGCAGGGUCGCCGAUGCCGGAGGCCGGCCUGGAGGCGGAGGUGGCGAAGCUGCUGCCCUUCCUGGCGCCCGGGGCGCGGGCGGACCUGCAGGCGGAGGCGGCGCGGCACGUGCUGGAGCUGACCGGCUCCGGGUCCGGUCGGACGCUGCUGGCCGGCCAGGCGGCUCUGCUGCGGGCGCUGGUCGAGCUGGCCGCGGCCCCGGCCCCGGCCCCGGCGCGCGACGCCGCUCGCGCCCUCGUCAACCUCGCUGCCGAGCCCGGCCUGCACGAGCCGUUGCUGCAGGCCGAGCCCGAGCUGCCUGCCCGCCUGCUGGGCCGCGCGUUGGAUCCACAGUGGCCCUGGGCCGAGGAGGCGGCCGCCGUGCUGGCCAACCUCAGCCGAGAGCCGGCGCCGUGUGCCGCGCUGAUGGCAGCGCUGGAGGUCGCGGAGCCGGGGGAGUCAGGCCUGGGGCGGCUGGUGCGCGCGCUGUGCACGCCUGGCUACAACGCCCGCGCGCCCCUGCAUUACCUGGGGCCAAUGCUCUCCAACCUCAGCCAGCGUCCCGCGGCGCGCGCCUUCCUGCUGGACCCCGACAGGUGCGUGGUCCAGCGGCUGCUGCCCCUUACCCAAUUCCCAGACUCCUCCGUGCGCAGGGGAGGGGUGGUGGGGACUCUCCGAAACUGCUGCUUCGAGCAUCGACACCACGAGUGGUUGCUUGGGCCCGAGGUGGACAUUCUCCCUUUCUUGCUGCUGCCCCUGGCUGGCCCCGAGGACUUCUCCGAGGAGGAGAUGGAGCGGCUGCCUGUUGACCUGCAGUACCUGCCGCCAGACAAGCAGAGGGAGCCUGAUGCCGACAUCCGAAAGAUGCUCAUUGAAGCCAUCAUGCUGCUGACAGCCACAGCACCUGGUCGGCAGCAGGUGAGGAACCAGGGAGCCUACCUGAUCCUGCGUGAGCUACACAGCUGGGAGCCGGAGCCCGACGUGCGCGUGGCCUGCGAGAAACUCAUUCAGGUGCUCAUUGGGGAUGAGCCAGAGCAGGGCAUGGAAAACCUGCUGGAGGUGCAGGUGCCUGAAGACGUGGAGCAGCAGCUGCGGCGGCUGGACCACCAGGAGCAGGAACAGCACACCCGGGAGCGGUCAGAGGAGCUGGCUCCGGAGCCACGAGCUGGAGGGGCUACACCCACCUGAGCUCCGGGCCUUCCCGCAGCCAGCUGUGGGCCUCUGGGUCUCCUUGCUCAGAGGCUGUUCCCUGCCGAGAGGUCUCUAGGGUGGAUGUCCGAUACGCCUGGGAGGGCGAGGGGACCUCUUUGUGCCCCGUGACUUCCAGCAACUCCGGUUGCUUGGAGCAGCGCUGGUCAGUCAGAGCUAGCCGUGCUCCAGGACUCUCAGGUGCCUCCAGGAAGAUGGCUCACGGGCGGGACGGAUAAACAGUGCAAGCCUGAGCAGCCCCGGAGGGCACUGUCGAGGUCUGUGCAUCGGUGGGCGUCCAGGUAUAAGCAGUGCCCUUUGCUGCCAGGCCCACCCCAAGUCCUCUGUUCUGGGGUCCUCAACGUGCCCUGCCUGAGACCCAGCCUCAAAGGACUGGCCUCGUGAGACUUUCAGCAUCAGCCUGUCCUGGGAUCUCCUAGGGCUGUGACCCCUGGCCUGUCCUUGGAGUGCUUGCUGGGCGCUGUGUUCCCAUCAUUCUCUCCACCUUCCUGCUUGACCUGUGCCCCAGGACGGCCCUCAGCCCCUUGCUGUCUUCUCUGGCCCGCCCUGCUGUGACGUACUUGCUGUCCGCUCUGACCGGGCCCUGUCCUUGGAAGGCUUCCUUGAGUGUCCGAGCCCUUUGCCUGACACACUCAGAGUGUCUCUGUGAUGUGCCUGCAUCCUCGCUCUUAAGCAGAUCUCUCCCCUUCCCGCCCUUUGUCACCUUGGAGCCUCCUAUGGGCCCAAGAACCUUGUCCUUCCCCAGCUCCUUGUGUGGUCCCUCAGUUCUAAAGCUGCCACACCAGGCCUGGUAGAGGGUCAGUGUGGCCCUCCCCCUGCCGCGCUCCUUUCCCAGGGCCAUCUUGGGCCCAGGAUUCCAGAGUCCUGGCCUUCCCAGGCCCCUUGCACUCUGGCACUGGAGUGCUGCUGCCGCGAGAGCUCCCAGCACCCCCACUCCGCGUGUCCUCAGUCCUGGCACUGCCUGCAAAGCUGGGGGUCCACUCCGGUUCCUCCCGUUGAGGCCGGUCGCUUCGCGGGUGUGAGGUAUCUCUUUCCCCUCUGGUACUCUCUGUUGUUUUCCUCUCCUCCCAACUAAAAAUGUGGCACGGAAGUGUGUUCUCCCGGGAUGGUUCCCCGUGGCUGGUUGCCCUUCCUGCACAGAGACAUCCACAUCCCCUCCACAAAAUAAACGCUUUAUCUGGC